AAAUAGACCCCAGACGGAACAAACGCUUAUCACUCCCACGCACGUCGCGUAAUUCUGAAGAAACGUAAAUAAAUCCGCGAGAACUCCCAGCCGGCCUGCUACUGUGGUCAUUGACUGAAAAAUUCCGACAUAUUGUGCGUGUUUCCGCAGGUGGUAGUAGCCAAUGCCGAGGAAGAGGAGAACAGACGUGGCUUUGUAAGAGGCAAGCAGCAACAUGUUUGUCACGUUCAGGUCCUCCUUGUCCGACUGAACCAUGUGCUGCAACACGCCACACAGACACGCCACGCUGACUAAGACUUUCAUCGCCAGACCAAAAAUGCAGUAGACGACGUUUGCAGCGUGCUUCCAGCUGGUGCUAAAGUGACAGUUGAGACCCAGCAGGGUGGCGAGCGCAUCUGAGAAUCGCAACGCACGCAGAAGAUCCAUCCUGGCGGCCGACGAUUGCUGCUCGCAGUGACCACUAGCUGGAAAGGAGAAGUAGGUAAUUUUGUAAAUCUUAUCAUGGGAAAAACGGUCGCAAAGCCAAAUUCUGGUCCCUGCGUGAGCCACAAGAGAGCAGUUGGAUUUGCGAAGCUAAAUACAAGAUUUAAAAAUCCCCCACCCCUGUGUGAAGAUAAGGAAUUCCUGAAAUACAUCGAGGAAAACGCUUAUGCUGCGGGGCCACAAAUGGUUGAAUCAAGGAUGGCGUCGACGAUGAGGGAAUAUUUCAAGGAUCGAAAUGAACGUCAACGUAAAAGGGCUGAAACGAGCAAACCCGUUGUAAACAACAAAGAAGAUUCCCACAAUUCUCUGCCAGUAGAACCGGAAAUAAGUAUAACAGUCAAGGUCAAUGCUCCAGCGAACACAAUAUUCAAGGCUUUCCAGAAUAUUCCUGCUGAGAGGCCUACACCAGCAACAAAUAAAAUCAACCACCCAGGAUUCAAAAACCCUCGCUACCUGUGCUACAUCAUUUCAUCGAUCCAACUCCUCCUUUCAUCUCCAAAGAUUGUCAACUACUUUGUUAAUUGGAACAUUGAUAGCAUUGAAGGUGAAUACGAAAGGACCUUGUUCAAUGCAUUCAAAGGAAUCAGCAAUCACAUAAAGCAGUCGAUGAGAUUGUCUCAAAACGAACUGGACAAACACAUCUUGGAGCUGGGAAAAUUUGCAGAGGAAAAAUUUGGUUUCAGACAAAAAGACCAGCAUGACCCAGCAGAAUUCAUAGCAAAACUCUUUGAAUUCAUUAAUUCUCAAAGUGAACAGGAGAUUUCUCAGUUUUUCCGAGUAAUCACCAAUGCCACCAGCACCAGAUGCCCGAAUCCAUCUGGCACUAAAAAUGUUGAAUACAUCUAUCGUAUCAUGUUGGGAAAUGAUGAAAAAUCAAUUCAAACGCUGAUAGGGCAGAGCCUUGAAGAUAUCCAGCCUUCAACCAACAAUUUUGUGGACAUGCCUGAUCUUCUCUUAAUUCAACUGGGAAGAUGCAUGUGGAAUGAGAAAGAAAAAGAGCCGGUCAAAAACUUGGUGCCUGUGGAGGUAACUUUGAACUUGGUCCUCCUCUCCUACGAAAGGGGAAACGAAAGAAGCGCGGACGGAACUUUGCUGAGUAUCCCAGAAGAUGACGAUGAUCAGAACACUGAGAUCCACGACACUCACUAUGAGUUGACCGGUUUGAUUGUGCACCAAGGGAAUGAAGUGGAUAGAGGACAUUACUACACCUACCUCCACAGGAGCGUCGACCAAGAAUGGAUCUGCUGCGAUGACAGUAUUGUCAAACGUACUGAUAAAGCGGAAUUGGAUUCGGAGGAGGUGACUACAAAUUGCUACCUCCUUCUUUACAGCAAAAUUUCAGGCUUGUAGCAUAUAAUUUGUUUGUGAAGAAUAAAGCAGCUUGCGUUUUUGUUACA